AUGGAAAGCUCCCGCUUCCGGUCUGUUCGAACGCCUCGCGCAGCUGGUUGGUCGCUGAGACCGCGAGCGAGCUGUGAACUGAAUCGAGGAGCUGAGGAAGGUUGUAGGUUCUCUGGAGGCGGUGUAGGGAAUCCUGGCGCCGGGGAUUCUUUAGCUGUAGCCUUUCCACAGCCUCAUGAAGCGAGAGAGAAAGACGCUAGGCACCCCGAGAAGGGCAGGAAGAGGAGGCGGGCCCCGAGCCAGCUGGUCAGGGCGGCCCAGGCGUUGAGAGCCGGUACGGAGCUUGAUGAGAGGUAGCCCGAGGCCAAGAAAGCACACUUAUCUACCAUUUUAUUUGCUGAACAGUGUGAAGUAACCCAUGACCAGCUAUGCGAAUUGCAGAAGUAUGCAGUUCUGGGAAAAUCCAGUGUUCCUUAACCAAGCUGAUGCCAGCUUUUUCACCAAAACCACCUGAACAACAUUAUGGUUUUUGUACUUCAGGGAAUGAGUCAGUUACACUUUUACAGGUUCUAUUUAGAGUUUGGAUUUCUCUGAAAGACAUUCAGGCAUAAAUCCUGCUUGCCUUCUCCGUCAUCUGAUUUUCUAGCUGGUAUCAUUGGACUGCAAAAGAAACAAACAAAUGAGUAUCUGCCCAAGAUAAUCAAAGAGCCAUCUCCUUUAAGUUCAAAAGCCAGCAUCCACCUACAGAAUGACCCUAUCAUUCAGAAGUAUGGCUCUAAGAAGGUGGGCUUGACAUGGCAUGUGCUCACUAAGGAAGAGAUGGAAGUGUUUCACUUUCCAUUGCAAAGUUUUCCAUAGGGUGAAAACGUUAUACCUACCAAAUGUAAUGGUUCUGUAACAGGCAAAAGUCCUCUUGAAUGUGACCAGCAGCUUGACUAUAUCCUGGUCUUUCAGUGGCCCACAUCUAAGGGGAGAGAACUAACACGCAUCUCACUUGUUGCUGAAGGAGGUGGCUGUGUUAUGGAAAUAAUUAAACCUGACAAAAAGAUUUUGGACUACCUCACCAGUUUCUCAGCAAUCACAAAGAAGAUGCUGAACCCAGUAACAACCAAACUCAGAGAUGUCCAGAGACAGUUAAAAGCACUGCUUCCUCCUAAUGCUGUGUUAGUGCACCACUCCUUAGGCUUGGAUCUCAAAGCACUAAAAAUGAUACGUCCAUAUGUUAUUGAUACAUCAUUGCUUUAUGUCAGAGAGCAGGGCAGAAGAUUUAAGCUAAAGUUCUUAGCCACAGCUAUUUUGGGGAUAUUACAGAGUCUAGAUAGACUUGGUCAUGAUGCCACAGAAGAUGCUUGAACAAACCUUGAAUUGGUUCAGUAUUUCCUUAAGUAUGGCCCAAAAAAGAUUGCAGAACUAAAUCUGGAGGCACUAGCUAGUCACCAAAUGCUGCAAACGGCAGACCAGGAGCUGAGCAGUGCAGAAGGAGCAGUUCAGCAGCCAAGCACAAGUAUUCUAGAAUGCUUGGCAUCAGUGGGUCAGAAGCUCCUUUUAUUGACCCGGGAGGACUGUACUAGUGAACUUUCUUCUGCCAGAAAUUGUCAAACUGUUAAGUGCCUUUCAAAUAAAAAGCUGAUUGACAUGCUCUCUUUGAAAGUCCUCAAACAGGCCAGAGGGGAAAUCCCCCCAGUACCCUUCAGCAUCAUCCAGUUCUCUUUUGAACCCUUUUCACUCACCUCCACUGAGGAGAUGAACAAAAAGAUGAGGAUCAAGUGGACAGAGAUACCAAGUGUCUAUGCUGGGCCAUUUAGCAAAAAUUGCAAUCUUGGGGCUCUGAAGAGGCUGUUUAAGAGCUUUGGCCCAGUCUGGUCAAUGACCCUUGUUCUUGAAACUCACUCGCCACAUUUCUGUAUACAAUACAAAGUCCUGGAGGCCGCCCAGCUGGCCAUCGAGUCCUUGGACAGCACUCUGGUAGAAGAUAACUGCAUCAAGGUACAGAGGCCUAGGACAUAGUUCACCCUUGGUUGCAACACCCUUGUGAAGGAGCUAGAACAAGAUUCUGAGAACCAAGGUACCAUAUAUGUCUCUGAAGUGAGCAGAACCUUAAAAGAACAUCUGUUGCAGCAGUCUCACCUCUUUUUUGGCCUAGAAGCUGUGAUCUUGCCUAAAGAUCUUAAAAGUGGAAAGCAGAAAAAAUACUGUUUCCUGAAAUUCAAAACUUUUGGCACUGCCCGGAAGGCCCUCAACCUUCUCACAGGCAAGGACUGGAAGCUGAAAGGCAGGCACACCCUAACCCCCCUGAACCACACAUGGCUCAGGGGCUUAUCUCCUUAAUCAAGGCCCCCAGGACUUUGAGUCGUGCUGCCCCCCUCAGAGCAGCAGGUCUUGCAGGUAAGUGGAGGAGACCACCCAAAGAUAGCAGCCUGGCACUGGGGCCAGAAGAUAGGGAAGCUCUACCACAGCCUGAGCUCAGGUACCCUCUGCCUCAUCCCGCUGCCAGGAACCAAGAGCACGCAUGGAUCACUCCCUGGCCUAGGACUGAUGGGAAUACAAGAUGAAGAGGAAAGCAUCAUCCCUCACAUGUGUUCCUGAGCCUGGCCACCACUUCCCGGGUGCAGUUCUGAAGCCUCGUGGGCAGAGGCAAAGAACAUGGCUGGGCUACACCCUCUUAA